ACAGCUACAAAAUGCUCAAUCCCGCUGCUGUCUGCUAACAGCUAUCUGCGUCCUAUGGACCCACUUUCAUGAGCUACAGUCCAUGGGAUCUCUGCUAGCUACCUGCCCUGGACACUGCCGUUCGCUGGAUCUUUUCUGCUAACUGCAUUUUCUGGACCUAGCAGCUCAUUUGGCUGAAACCUGCCUUGGAGUGCAUCAGCUGCACCUUCUCCCUUGUGUUUGGCGGGGGACUUCUGCAGCAGGAUCCUCUGACCCCGGUGAGGAUGGGAUUUAGAGGGAGAAGUCAAAACUGAGCCGCAUUCAGCGAGAUGCCCAACGCCUCUUCCUGGAGCGCUAGCUCGCCGCUGCUGCUGCUCUGGGAGGACUCCUCCGGGACCCGCAUCUUCCUGUCGCUGCUCUACGCGGCGCUGGCUAUCUCAGGGACCUUAUCCAAUGUGAUGGUCAUCUACUUGGUCUUCUCCUUCAAGAAGCUGCAGACGACCAGCAACGCCUUCAUCGUGAACGGCUGCGCCGCCGACCUGAGCGUCUGCGCCCUGUGGAUGCCCCAGGAGGCCGUGCUGGGGCUGCUGCCUCCCAACUCCUCGUCGCUCCGCUCUGCGGAGUACCGGCUGCUGCGAGGGGGGCUCCUCGGCCUCGGCCUCACCGUCUCCCUGGCCUCCCACCUGCUGGUGGCCUUCAACAGGUACGUGCUCAUCACCAAGCUGCCCAGCGUCUACCAGGCCCUCUACCAGCGGCGGCACACGGGCUGCAUGAUCGGGCUCUCCUGGGUGCUGGCGCUGCUCCUGCUCCCGCUGCUGCCCGGCCUCUGGGCCCCGGCCGCGGCCCAGCAGCCGCCCCCGGGCCGCCAGACGGACGGCGGCCCCCGCUACACCGCCCUGCUGCUGGCCCUGGCCGUGCUCGGCCAGACGGCGCUGCUGCUCCACUGCUACCUGGGCAUCGUGCGGCGGGUGCGCGGCAGCGCCAAGCGCGUCAGCGUCCUCAACUUCCACCUGCUGCACCAGCUGCCCUUCCCCGCCGCGCCGCCGCCGCCGCGCCGCGCCCAGCGCCGCCUCAGCAGCGUCUCCGUCCUGCUGCUCUGCUGCGUCUUCCUGCUGGGCACGCAGCCCCUGGUGUGGGUGAGCCUGCUCGGCUUCUUCCUGCCGCCCGCGCCGCCGGCGCUGCAGGCCGCCAGCUGGCUGCUGCUCUGCUCCCUCUCGGCCCUCAACCCGCUGCUCUACACGUGGCGCAGCGAGGAGUUCCGCCGCGCGGCGCGCUCCGUGCUGCCCCGCGCCGAGCCCGCCGCCGCCCCGCGCCCCGCCGCCGCCGCCGCCGCCGCCGCCGCCAGCGCGCCGCCCUGCCCGCAGCUGCCGCGGCGCCGGGGGACGGCGGGCAGUGCCGCCGCCGCGCCCCGCUGA